GGUGGUCGCUUACAAGAGGUUAGUUCCAAAUAUAGUGAUUAAACGACUAGGAAACUUUUGGUAGUUUGGAAAGGAGAGGUGGUCGCAACCGGGGGUUUGACUGUAAUUUAAAUUCCCAUUGUUAAAAUCUGUUUAAAAGGUCUGUAGGCGUCAGUAAUCGAUCAGUUUUACUUAAAGAUCAACCAGUGGAUAUUUUUGGGAAAGAAAAGGGCGGCGAAUAACGCUAAUAAGUGAAAAUCAAGCCAAAAAAUCUUUAGAGCCACAGUUUCCUAGCGUCAAGGCCCCUGCCGGCUGAGAGGGACAGGCGAGUCUGGGGAUGAGAGUUAUUUAUGCCCUCGAAGCAACAUCACGCGAUGAUCAGAUGAUCAGAUGAUCAAGACACAGCGAGCACAGGCACAGCAUAGGAACUCUAGAAGUGUAUAGGCCAGCUGUAUAUCAAUUAACCUUGACACGGUUUUAGAAGCCAUCUUGACAGAUGGUCUGACUUUUGUUUCAACUACACUGUUUCAAAAAGGACGAUUUUGAUGUACCUCACAAUAUUGUCUUGAUUAAAGAAUCUUCACCAGGAGACAUUCAAAGGUCUCACAAUGACAUUUUCUCCUGAACAACUGAACUUUUUCAAGUUCUCCACAGUUGUACUUGAUGAGUUCCCAGUCGCCCUCCGUCAAGUGUUUGUCUUCAUGUGGGACAACCUGGUCGCUGGCGCCCCAAAAUGGGACGACUCCGUUGCGGUUAGAAACCUGUUCCUUGCGAAAGAAGGCGGCAAGACAAAAUAUGUACCAACUGGUAAAUCAAUAAAGGAAUGGGACUGUACAGCUCUGUUCGAAGCCACUAUCUUUGCAAAAACCUUUGCCAUGCCAGGCGGGACUGGAAAGCUUUGCACAUUAAAAGAGCUCUAUGCGAAAUCCCCACCAGGUGGAACUUUUCAUCACACUGUUAUCAGCUCCACUGGUAACCAAGCUGAGACGUAUGCCUUAGCGUUAGAUCAGCUGCGCUUGCUGCGAAACACGCUUUGUCACCAGAUCAGUACAAGGAAGAUUGACAAGGCCACCUUUGAUGGUUAUGUACUGCUUGCAAAAGAGGCCUUUACCGCUCUUGGACAGAACACUACCAGGAUCGAUGAGAUCGGAAAGUUGGCUGAAGAAGACUUUCCCACUGCAAGGCUUCAACAAGUGGAAGACGAGCUGAAGAAAGAAAAAGAUGCUGCCAUAAAAUUUCAACAGAUCGAAGAUCACCUCAAGAAGAUCGAGUCACAAGUAGAAGAUGUCGGGUACCUGUUUGUUUUUAUUUUAGGGCCAUUAGCUCCUGACUCGUGCAUACCACAAAAAAUUCCACACUUUGUGGGCCGCCAACUACAGUCUUUAAACAUCGUACGUCAUGUAACGAAUGAAUCAACUCGACUAGUUGGUAUCUGGGGCCCACCGGGAUUUGGAAAGACGUCAGUGGCCAUUGACGUGGCGCAUAAGUUACGAGCGAUGAAGAUUCCAGUGUACUUUAUAUCCCUUCGCGGAAUGAAGCGAAAAGAUGACUUUGUAUCAAAGCUGCUCAGUAUAUUUACAGUCACUGAACAGGUGCCUCAUCCUCAAAUCUCGGCUUCUGAUUGGCUCAUCCAAUGUUUACAGCAGCUGCAGAAUCGCUUUGUCCUGAUCCUGGAUAAUGCUGACGAUUUACUGGAAUCCGGAGAUGCCAAAGUCAAAGAUGAGGUCCUUAGGUUUGUGGAGGAAAUGGUUACUCGAUGCAAUCACAUCAAGCUUCUCUUCACCACUCGUGGCUCUCUAGAUUACUUGAAUCAUAAGCUACCCAUAUAUCUAGUGACAGUUGGUGUACUGAAUAAAUUUGCAUCGGGCAGAUUAGUAAGGUUACUACUGCCAGAUCUCUCAGACGAUGACUGCAAGAGCAUUGUAAGAGUGUGCGGACAAGUUCCUCUGGCCAUUCGAUUGAUGUGUAACACCAUGAUUGGAGGAAACGUUUCCCUUAAUGAGCUUUUAGAAGAAAUAAAGAUAACACCUCUUGUUGACGUAUUAGACAAUGAAAGUUUUCCCGAUGAUGUUCGACUGAAGACAAUAAUUAACACGUCUUUUCAAAGACUCACUGCUGAUGAGAAAGAUGCUUUCGUGUCACUAGCUGUUUUUCCUGGAAGUUUUGGAGUGGAUGAAGCUACAGCCAUUUUGAAUUUGAAAACAGCCUUUCGAACCAAAAAAGUGUUGCAAUCGCUGGAACGAAAAUCCUUGAUGACUAGCAUCGAUUUUGAAUCUGUCAGUUACACAAUUCAUUCGCUUUUGCUUUCCUUCAUUGACGAGAAGAGAAUGGAAGACGAAGAAAUUGAGGUCGCAUUUAAAGUCGCUGAACAUCGCUUUUACGACUAUGAUAUCUCUAUUUUUAGAGUAGCUAAUGAGAAAUUUUUAACUGGUCAUUCUAAUGAAGCGCUGAGAGUUUUGUUUGGACAGCGCGAGAGAAUCAUUUCGUCUCUUGUUAAUGGAACAAGGGCCGAAGGGCUGUACCCAAAGGUGGUAGAGGUAUUGUCCAAAGCAGAGCUUUUACUCCACUUUGUGUUGUCUGAUGAAGAAUCGUUGUUUGAGAAGAUUUACGACACAGUGAUAAAAGAAGCAAAGAAAAGGCAACUCUUGGUUGAUGAGCGUAUGUUGCUGGCUUCCAAAUCCUUUCGUCACUGGGCCUGGUUCACCACAGACCAUCAAACCUGGGAACAUUCACUGCAGUCCGCUGGUUGCUCCAGCACCGCUGAUUUUCCUACAAAGAUGUUGUGUUAUCAUGGCAUCUAUCAGCUUCUCUGUGGCAAGGUUGACGAAGGGUUAUCGUCCCUUAGAAGUUCUAUAGAUCGUCUAGGGAGCUGUUGUAACGAAAAGGUUCUGCGAAUACUAUGUUAUAAAGUUCUUGCAGAGACUUACCACGGCAAAGAGGAACGUGAAAUGGCGUCUCAUUUUCUGAACCUCUUCAACUGUGAGGCCAAGGCUACAUCAAGCUUUGUUUUGUGGCAGGUUUCUGAGGACGGUUUACUUUCAGAUGACAUCAAGGACUAUUGGAGGCGUAUGGAAGAUGAUGGUGCCUUCUAUGGGCUAAUGGCCAAGUUACUGCUGUACUUAUGUAGAAAUCCAUCACUCCCGGACGCUGAUUGUAAUGUCAUUAGUAGAUUCAUGGCAACCUUGCCAAAGUUGCAUAGUGCUGAAUCGGUCGAUGUUAGUGUCGUUAGUUCAUUCUCAAAGGAAAUGAUAAAAGUGAUUCGAACAAUGCUGUCCGCCGUUGAAGCUGACUCAAGAGUAGAACCGGAGAUUUUACAACUUCUCAAAAAGCUAUUUGAUUUUAUUCCACUGUUCGAGUGUUUGUUUCAGCUAUUGCCAACACUGUCUGAUGAUAGCUUAGACAGCAUGGAAAGCUUCAAACCAUUACCGCUGCUCAUUGAUUGGCUUUUGGUUGUGACAGAAACAAUGGCUCAACUUCAUGAUCCUUGUUGGCUUGUGUUUCUUGACGCAGCAGUCUUUAAAUCCCGGAUUGAAAGUUUGAGAGGUUAUUUAGAAAGUGAGAGAGGGGAACUUCAUGAUCGCGGCCCUGGUGUGGAUUGGGAAGACCUUGCAAGAUGUCAUGACAAGAUUGGUGUUAUUCAACGUCGAAUAGAGGAUUACAGCGGGGCAAUAGAUUCGCAUCAGCAGGCCAUAAGAUUGAGAGGAGAAAAUCGUGGAGACCACGUCGACACAGUUUUAAGCUUGACAAACAUUGGUUGUGUGUAUUUUAAGAUGAACAAUGAAAUCGAGGCUACCAAAUCAUUUCGAAGUGCUUUGGAGCUUAGUCAAAAAAUGGGUGUUUAUGAUCACGAGGACACUGCGGACAUUUACCACACCCUCGGUGAAAAUUAUCUCACCCUUGGUAACUACGAGAAAGCAUCGGAGGCACACCUGCAGGCUUUGAAACUUAGACGAAAACAUCUAGGAGAGCACCCUAAGACAGCAGAAAGCUUGAAUGGCUUAGGAGUUGUAUAUUACAAAAUGGGCGAACACCAGUCUGCAAGAGAGACAUUUCACAAUGCAUUGGACGUAACGAAGAAAAUGCUGGGUAAACAUGAACAGACUGCCAACAGUUGUUACAAUUUAGCUUUAACCUAUCUUGCAAUGAAAAGCUCCCCAGAAGCUCGUGCAUUUUGUCAGCAAGCUAUGUCCAUGAGGCUGGAGUUGUCAGGUAAACCAUUGGAUUUUUAUAACUUAGGACGUAUUUCGUUCAAGAUGGGAGACAAAGUGUCAGCUAUGGAGGCAUUCCAGAAAGCGACAAAGAUUCCGUUUGGAAGUAUUGAAGUAAGGGCACGGUGCUAUUACUGGCUUGGAAAAGUGCAGUAUAGCUUGGAAGACCUGAACGGAGCUUUGAAAUCUUUGCAGGAGGCCACACGAUGGAGGAAGAAAAUUUUAGGGGAUCACUCCGACACGGCCAAAAGUCAAAGGCUACUGAAUUGUGUCAUUGAAGCUCUGAGUGGAAAGGAAUUAGAUUGUGACUGA